AUGAGUCAACAUAAGUUCUGGAGAGGAUUAACGUCUUUGAAUCUUCCCUCUUCGCAACAGGUACCUGAAAAGAUUGUAAAGCUUUGUUCCCUGGGAAUUGAUUUCAUUGUUCUUGGCAACGAUCACGGCCUUUAUUACUGUGAAGUCCAAAAUGACGAAUUAAAUUUUAGGAAAAUUUCCGGUAUUACCGCUAUAGACAUAUCUUAUCACAAUGAAAUCCUUUAUAUUAUUGAUGUACAUGGUCGUCUCUAUAAAACAAAUACCACCUUCAAAAGCAAAGAGGAAAUAAUAGUCAAGGAAGAUUCUAAAUGUUGCCCCCAUGGAUUCAAAAGUGCCAGUUGUAAAGUGAAAUUCAGAAAUGUAGUAGUGAGUGAUUUCGGGCAGCUUUUUAUAAGCUGUGAUGGUCAUCUUUGGGGUUCUGGUGCAAUGCCUCAAAUAUCUUUAGACACAAAUAGUAUAAAGCGAGUUCCAUUUUUCGAAGGCAGGACUGUAUACAGUGCUUCAAUCGGCCAAAACUUUGCAGCUGUUAUAGCAAGAAAAAAUGUGAAACAAUCAGGCAAUUGUGACACUGACAGUGAAAAUGAUGAUGAAGAAGUUUUUGCUUCUAAUUGUUCACAAUGCCAGACAAUCAUUGGUCUAGCAUCCCCUGCGUCUGUACCAUCACUGUCCGAGACAUGUCCACUCGGAGUCCACAUUAGCAAGUCCAGUGAAGAUUCAAGUAGCACGACCGCCCCUCAAACAGACGUCCACAUAGAUGCUCAAAGUUUUACAGAAGACUCCAGCCCAUCUUCAGAAGAGUCAAAAGUAGCUAAGUGUGACGUUACACAGUAUAUGAGUAACAAUUUAGAAGAUAAUGAAGUUCAGAGUGCAGAUGAUGUUGUACAAACUGAAGAUCCCGACAAACCUCAGGCAAGUGAAGAAAAAAUCAAUAAUAUAUUCAUAAAUACAGAUGCCGCAAGACAAUUUUUAAGCAGACAGUUGUCUUGGGUAUCGGCUGGUGAGGAUUAUCUUGUUGAAUAUACAGAGAAACCUACAAGAAUAAUUAAGGAAAAUGUGUCCAAUCUCACAAACUUUGUUUAUGAAGGUGUUAAAACUGUUGGUGAUAAAGUAGCAACAUUAUCAAGACAUGUUAGUGGAAGCAGUGAUAAUAAUGACACAAUGGAAAUUCCUAAUCCUAGUUUUAAUGAAGAACUAAGUUCUCUUCUAUACAGUUGUAACUCUAACAAGUUUGAAGACCUUCAAUUUUCGACAAGCACAAUCAGCAGUGAAAAAGAAUUUGAAGCUACAAGGAAAACUGAAAAUAUCAAAAACAUGUCAAAGUUAGGUAAAAAUAUAUUGGCAACUGAAUUAUGGACUUGGGGUGACAUAACACAUGGACAAUUAGGCAUUGGAGAUACAAUGAAAAGGGUUAAACCUAUGAUUGUGAUGAGCCUAUCAGGUUUUGGCUUACAAAAAGUUUCUUGCGGUAAAUGGCAUUGUGCAGCUUUAACUUUGGACGGGCGGCUAUUCUUAUGGGGUUACAAUCACUUUCAGCAAGUUAGUUUAGAAUCUAGAGAAGAUAAGAGUGGACCUAAGCAGUUUACAGAAAAUUCUGACAGCGAUCGCGUAAGAGACAUGAUAGCUACCGAUCACCAUACACUUGCGUACACACAUAAUGAAAAUGUUUAUUAUUUGGGUAAGCAUACAGAUGGCUUUACAGAAACUGUUGUCAAUUUAAAUGAAAAAUCUGAAGUUUCGGAUGAAAAAUCCAAAGACACUACAGUUAAAUUGAGUGAAACUAAAACUCAUGUGAACAAAACUGAAAACAUGUGCUAUCAUUGGAGAGUGUUAUCUUCUGGGAAUAUAAGUUAUUGUUCUAUAGAAGAAUCAUCUAUUUGUCCGGAGUUUCAAAAUUUGUCAAUUGCUCAAAGAUACUUAGAAGAGAUGUUAUUGAUAUAUCAUUCUUUAGUUAAGCCUUUCCUUAAGAAAAGCAAAUCUAUUACAUUACAUUCCAACGUUUACGAAACUGUUUGUGAUAUAUUUGGUGACAUAUUAAAUAUAACGGCAUUGAAUGUGCUAUCAACGUGGCAAUAUGCUGAGAAGCACAUAAGUGAAUGUGAUAUUUCUUUAGUAAAAAAUCUAGAAGAGUUUAUUUUUUUAUAUAAAAAGUAUUAUUUAGCUAUAAGCAAUUUGAUUGUUAUUGGUGGUUUCGCUCACAUAAAUAAUAUUGUGGAUGUGCCGUCAAGUAUUUAUAAUUUAUUUAGUGACCAGCUACCAACGAAUAAACAAAAAUAUAAUAAGAAGACAUUAGAAGCAGUAGUAGCGUUAGCCUUUGUUCAACCAUUAACGAGAUUAAGCUCUUACAAAUGUAUUGCUCAAUCUUUGAUACGCCAUAAAUUGAAGAGAAAAAAACAUGAUUCUAAAACGAAUAUCGAAGAAAAAAUCAAUAAAGUGAUAUCUUCAUUCGAUGGUUUAAUAGAAGAACAGGAAAAGAAACGGAAAGAAGCAGAAGGUACAAAGUUAUUCUGGGAAACUCUAGGAAAAAGUUUAGAUCAAUAUAGGACACCCGAAAGACGUCUUAUAAGAGAUUCAAAAAGUCGACCCCUCAAUCUUGUUAAUCCGGGCCGAUUCAGCAGCCACUGGUUCAUUUUGUUCAAUGAUUUGUUCGUUCAUGUAAAUGGGAGUACAGCAAACAUCCACCCAUUAGAAACUCUAUGGAUUGAAUCCGUCCAAAAUACAGAUUCAUUGCAAAAUGUCAUACAAUUAACAACACCAGAGGAAGUUAUAUGCGUUUCGACAAUAUCUGAACAAGAAAAAACAGAAUGGAUUCAUAGCCUGAAUGCAUCAAUUCGAACGGUCUUAAAUAAAGAAUCUGCUUUCAAACCUCCGUCAAUAAGAACAGCUAGUUAUACAUUUUCUUCUAAGAGUAAUUUUUAUAAGGACGCUAAAUAUCACGGGAGAUGGCUUGACGGUAAAAUACAUGGCAAUGGAAAAAUCGAAUGGCCAGACGGAAAAUUUUACGUGGGUCAGGUACAGUUGAACGCCUUAUGUGGACAUGGGAAAAUGGAAAUUCCUGGACUUGGUUUAUACGAAGGUCAGUGGAAAGAUAAUCUUCAAAAUGGUUACGGUGUCCUGAAAUACACUACAGGUGAUAUGUAUGAAGGAUAUUUCAAAGAUGGUCUUCCUCAAGGACAUGGUAUCAAAAAGCAGGGUGAUUUCACUUCAUCGACCGCAACUAUUUAUACUGGAGAAUGGGUGAAUGGUGUGAGGCAGGGCUACGGAGUUAUGGACGAUAUUGGUAAAGGCGAAAAGUAUCUCGGCAACUGGAGUGAUAACAAGAAACACGGAUGCGGUCUAAUUGUUACUUUGGACGGAAUAUAUUACGAGGGUCUCUUUACAGCGGAUGUUUUGACGGGCCAUGGUGUAAUGGUAUUCGAAGAUGGUACACAUUACGAGGGUGAAUUUCGGUCAGCUGGAAUUUUCUCUGGGAAGGGAGUUCUAACAUUCUCUAGUGGAGACCGAGUGGAAGGUUCACUCAGCGGAGCUUGGACGGAGGGCGUUAAAAUAUCCAACGCUGUAAUGCAUUUAAACGUCUCCAAUCCAGUUUUACCUCCUAACGCUAAACCUGGGUCAUUUGGAAAAUUAAGUGUAGCUCCGAGUCAGAAAUGGAAUGCUAUAUUUCGUCAAUGCUAUCAAAGCAUGGGUGUGUCAGAAACGAUUCUCACGCCGAGCGGUAAUCAUUUAGCCAAUGGUUCAUCAAAUGCCCCAGACAACGUCAAAAUAUGGCAAAACGUAGCCGUAGCUAUAUCCAGUUCUCAUAAACAUUCGAAACCAGGAAAAAAGACGAGCGGAUCUGAUGUUGAGAAAUCGGUUGAUUGCCUAGAAGUUAUACCAGUUUUCGGCCAAAAGACACUGACGUUAAACGACUUCACAGAAUUAAAGCAGUAUUUAUACAAUGCCUGCGAGUCAAAUCAUCAUCCGCUGGGUCAAUUGGUACUAAGUGUAACAAAUGCCUUCAAUACCACGUACGGCGGUGUGAGAGUUCAUCCGCUCUUACUAAGUCAUGCUGUCAAAGAACUUAAAAGCAUCACUUCAAGACUGUACCAAGUCGUGAGACUCCUUUUCCCUGCGUUACCAUAUGAAGGAACUGUUUUAGUGUUGCCAGAAACCUCUGAUGGAAGCUACCCUGAAAACAGCAAUCCAAUUGAUGGGGAGGUUGUGUCGAGCAACUCCUUACUGCAGCCUGUCCUGUUGCCAAGAGUUCACCCCGCCCUGUUCGUGUUAUACGCGUUACACAACAAACGAGAGGAUGAUUUAUACUGGCGAAGACUGCUCAAGUGGAACAGACAGCCAGAUACCACGCUGAUGGCUUUCCUUGGGAUAGAUCAAAAAUUCUGGACCGUCCAUCGUAAUUCUCCGUCGCCGAUGCUCUCGCCGUCAAAGGAGCAAGUGUUUCAAGAGGCUGUUGAAACUCUCCAACAGUUGAAGACCACGUUUUCUCCGAUAGAGAAACUCCUCGUUAUCCGGAGCACUUUCCAAAAGAUGACCACGGCCGUUCAACACGAAUUAGGGCAACAUUAUCUGUGGAAUAUGGACGAACUAUUCCCUGUGUUUCACUUCGUGGUUGUGAGAGCUCGUAUUCUUCAGCUUGGUUCAGAAAUACAUUUCGUAGAGGACUUCCUAGAGCCGGGGACUCAGUGUGGGGAACUAGGACUCAUGUUUACUACAUUGAAGGUAUGUUUAAUAUUUUUAAGAUUAGUUAGAAUAAGAAUAUCAAAAGAAAUAUCUGAUUUUUUUUACUUGUGA